GAGCGGCCGCUGGUGGCCUCGCCGCUGGGCCGCCCCCUGGGGCGCCCGUGCUCGGGGGCGCCGUGCCGCCCGCUGCAGCCGGCCGUGGGCGCGGGCGCGGCGGGCGCGGCCUGCACCAGGCCGUCGUCGCGGCGGCACAGGCUGGAGGAGGCGACGCGCGCGAGGCCGCCGGAGGGCUGGCGCAGCUGGCGCGCGGCCUCAACGUGCGCCUCACGGACGCUGGGAUCCAGGCGGCGCUGGCCGGGCUGCAGCACGGCGCGGCAGGGCCUGCUGGCGGGGCGCCGGCGCGCCACCCUGGCGUCGGAGGCGCGGCCGCUGGCGGCAUCGGCGCGGACCUGAUGGCCGGGCUCGCCGCGGCUGGAGCGCCGCCUGGAGGGCCGCCGCCAGGGCUUGGCGUGGCCGUGGUGCCGCCCGCGGCAGGCGUGGCGGCGCGGGCGCCGGUCCUCGCUGCGGGCCUCCCUGGGCUGGCACCCCCUGGCGACUCGGCCUGGCUGGGCAAGGGCCUGCAGCCGGCGGCCCUCUCGCAGGUCGGCGUGCAGCCGGGCGCGAUCGUCGAGGUGCCGACCUUCGACGUCGAGGGGAAUUGCGACGGCUCGGCCCUCCUGAAGCUGGGGUUGCAGUGGGCCGCGGACGCGCUCGGCACCUUCGGCCUCGCCGAGUUCGCGGGUGCGUCGUCGCCCGUCGCUACGGGCGUGCUGGGCGACUUGUGGGCGCAGCCGCCCCUCGUCCACCUGUGCUCCGGGGCGCGGGAGGCCUGCAGCGCCCGCGCUGGUGCUCGCCUCGUGUACCACGUGGACACGCUGCGCGUGCGCGCGUCGUCGGGGAUCUGCGAGCCGUGGGUGCGCCGUCAGGUCAUCUUCGGGCCGCCGAGCGCUGCUGCCGCUGGAGGCGGGGCUGGCGCAGGCGGCGGAGGUGACGAGCGCGAGCUCGCGGCCAAGAUCGAGGAGCUGAAGAAUGCGCUGAAGAGGAAGGCUGGCUCGCGCCUGGACUUGUUUGCAGUGGCGACGAAGAGGCAGCGCAGGGCCGAUCCGCUGCUCGACGACGACGACGGCGACGGCGAGCCGCUUUUUCGCGAUGCCCCCUCCGGCUCCGGCAACAACAGGAUCCACGAGAUCGCUCGGGGGCAACCCGGAGCCCUGUUGGAUGCCGGCCUUGCGGAGAUGGCCCGUUUCCUUGGCGAGCGGGAGGGGGCGGAUCACACGUCAGGGGCGAACGCGGCGCGGGUCAUGGCCUAUCUCACGAGCAUCUUCUUUGGCCAGCAUCCCCAGUCCACGAUCAGCGUGCAGACCGUGAAGGAGAUGAGGACGGUCGCAGCGGCGCUCGACGCCCUUCUCCAGGGGCGCCUCCCCGAGCUCGGGGACCUCCUGAUGCAGAGGCUGAAGGCGUUGGAGACGAGCGUGCGCGACAAGGACUGGGGCGUGGCGAGCCAGCUGGAGCUCACCGAGGAGACGCCUGGGCUGGUGAGCGUGACCGAGCGCCAGGCGGCGGCCCGCCACGCGCUCAUGAGGGCGAAGCUCGCGGACCUGCGGCGGUCGCCCUCGCCGAGGCGCGGCCCGAGCCCCAGCAACGGGGCGCGGCCGGCGCCGCCGGCGACGGGCCCGCGGGUGGCGUUCGCACCGGAGGUCGAGGCCGUGGAGAGCGCCGCGGCAGAUCCUCCUGCGCUGCUGGCGAACGGCGCCACGAGGAAGGUGCAGCUGAAGGGGGGCGACACGGACGCGGAGGGCCCUCCAGCCGCGGCCCCGCUCGGGCAGGGCGCAGGCGAGGAUGCAGCAGCAGCUGACCUGCGGCCCGCGCGCGCUGUCGCUGCAGCCGCCAGGAGCGUGCAGGAGUGCGACGCCACGGACGUGCCGCAGGAGCUCGUCGCAUUCGGAGCGAGUGACAAGCCGCAGCUAGUCGCGACCAAGCAGUGGGUAUACCUGAUGAUCAUCGCGCUGAACCACCUGUACGCCAACUGCGCGGCGUCGGAGGAGCGGUGUGUGCUGGCAGGCCCGGCCAGCCCCGCUCAGAUGAGGGCCGUGAGGAGGCUGGCGCGGGCAGCGAUCCUCUUCUUGAAGAGUUGCCCCACGCCGCUCUCGCCGACGGACUGGGCAGCUGAGCUGGCCAAGAAGCGCGUGGCCUACGACGGCGAGGAGAUCGGCACGGCCGAGACGCUGUCCGUGGAGCAGGUGGUGCCGGCGCUCCCGCCCAAGGGCAUCGCGGCCUCGGUGGACGCAGUGAAUCUCUGCGAGGGGAACGUCCGCGAGGCGCUGCUCGAUGCGGAUGCGAUGCUGUCGCCGAAGGGCGUGCGACCGGCCCAGGUCCCGCGCGCCAAGAUCUGGGCGCCACUGCAGACCUGGUACGACCUCGUGGCCGUCCUGUGGGACCGUGGCCUCGUGGAGCCGAUCGCGCUGAAGGAUGUGCUGCACGUGGACGGGCGGGCCGUGCUGUGCGGGGCGUUCGGCGUGCGCAAGGGGACCGAGCGCAUCAUCCCGCUCAAGGACGGCACCAUGGGGCACGUGCUCAGGCUCAUCAUGAACCUCGUCCCGUCGAACGUCGUGCAGCGUGUGGUCGGCGGCGACAUGGACCAGUUGCCGCUGUCGUCGCAAUGGUCUACGAUCGUUUUGCUCGCCCACGAGAUGAUGCUAUGGACCUCCACGGAUCGUCAGUGUUUCUUCUACGUGUUCAGGUUGCCGCCCUGCUGGAGGAAGUUCAUGGCCUUCGAGGUCCCAGUCCCAGGGCGGCUCGUCGGGCGCCCGAGCGAGCCUGGCGUGUACGUUGCCAGCGCCACGGUAGCGAUGGGCUGGAUCUCUGCGACGGGCAUCGCUCAGCACAUCCACCGCAACAUCUUGCGGCAAGGGUGGCAGCUGUCCGCCAGCCUGCCGAGGGAGGCCGAGUGGCGACGUGAUCGCCCGGCGCCUCUCACGGCCCUGGCUCAGGAGGUCGAGGCUUGGGAAGUCUACAUCGAUAACUUGGAGGCGCAGGAGGUUGUCGCGCGCGAGGACGGCGAGGUGCUCAAGGGCACCGUGAGCCCGCUCCUGCUGGCUGCUCGUGAGGCGUAUGCGCGGUGCGGCACGCCGGGCGUACCUGCCAAGGACGUGCUCAGGGCCAGCGAGGUGCAGGCGCUGGGCGACCACAUCGACGGCGACCUGGGGAGGAAGGAGGCGCCGCGCGGCUACGUGGUCAGCCUCAUCUCCCUCACCUUGUGGGUCCUGGGACGCCCCGGUGUGAAUAAGAAGCACUGGCAGAUCGUGCUGGGCCGUUGGGUCCGGGUCUGCUCACACCAGCGCGCGGGCAUGGCGUGCUUCGAGAAGGUCUGGAGGUGGAUGUCCCGCUCGCACCGCUGCUGGGCCGUGCCGUUGGCGGUGAUGGACGAGCUGCUCCUGGCCAUGCAGCUGGCGCCGCUUUAUUUCACCGACUUCCGCCUGCACGUGUCGCCUGUCGUCUCUUGCUCCGACGCCAGCCCGAGCGGGGGCGCUGUGUGCGUGAGCAGGGGGCUCUCCGGUGCUGGCGAAGAGGCGCUGGAGCGUGUCGGCCGCGUCCCGUGGCAAGCCAGCGAGGAGGAGGUUGUCUUGCUGAGCCUCUUCGACGGCAUUGGCGGCGCGCGGGAGAGCUGGGGAGCCCUUGGCUUGGAGACCCUGUGGUUCGUCUCUGCCGAGACCGAUGCGACGGCCUCGCGUGUCGCGAGAAAUGCGUGGCCGAACGUUAAGGAGCUGGGCGAUGUGAAGGAGAUCUCGAAGGAGGUGCUGCUCACCAUCAAGCAUGGGUGCGCCCGGGGCCGCAAGCUGAUCGUCACCGGCGGCUUCCCCUGCCAGGGCCUCUGCAGGCUCAACGUCGCCAGGAAGGGCCUGCAGGACCCCAGGUCAGGGCUCAUCAGCGAGGUCAUCCGCAUCCUAGACCUGGUGGUGGAGGUGUUCGAGUCCUGGCAGUGCGAGUUCCUCUUCGAGAAUGUGGACUCGGCGGACAAGGAGGACAUCGCCGCGGUCUCCGAGCUCCUGGGCGUCCAGCCUCUCAGAUUGUGCGCCAGCCAGGUGUGCCACAUGCGACGGCCUCGCCUCUACUGGUGCUCGUUCGAGCUGUGCGAGAUAAGCGGCGUCGCGCUGGUCGACCAGGGCGCCUGGCUGCAGGUGAAGGUCGACGCGGACCCCGGGCCAACCUCGAGGUGGCUCUCGCCUGGUGCCACGUGGGCGGCGAGUGCUGAUCCUGCGGCACGCCUGCCGACGGCUGUGGGGCGCGACCGACGGUCCGAGCCCCGGCCGCGUCCGGCUGGCAUCAACCAGUGCGACGACGCGGCGCUGGCGAGGUGGGCCGACGACGACUUCAGCCUGCCCCCCUACCAGUACAUCGACAGGCACUGCGUGCUGCACGAGGGCCAGCUGCGCCCGCCGUCGGCCGAGGAGCGCGAAGUCCUCAUGGGGUACCGUAGAGGUCACACGCAGGUGGCUGUCACCUCCAGCGUCCUGAAGAGUGACCCGCGCCAGGCCGAGUGCGUGAGGUGCGGGCUCCUCGGCAACGCGUUCCACGUCGAGGUGGUGGCCUGGCUGCUCGGGCACUUGGCCACGCAGUGGGGGUUCCUCGCAGCGCCGCCGUCCGUCGACGAGCUGCGCGAUAGGUCGAGGCCCAGGCAAAGUGUGUCGCUCGUCACCCGCGGAUUCGCCCCCGAGCAGGCGCUGGCGCUGGACGUCAUGAGGUCUACCAGCACCAAGGGCAGUGACGUUCGCAUGUCGACAGGUGAGCUCUUCCAUCCCUCGGGCUGGCCGCGGCAGCCCAUCUCUCCUGGCUGGUGGCGCUGGCGCACGGUGGUGCAGUUUCACUGGCGCGAGGAGGCUCACAUCAACGAAUUGGAAAUGAGGGCCUUUCUCUCAGCGCUCCGCUGGCGGCUGCGUGCGGAGAAGAACCUCGAAUGCAAGUUUCUGCAUCUGCUGGACAGUCAGGUCUCCAUUGCUGUCUUGGCCAAGCAUCGUUCGGGAAGCAUACAGUUGAAUCGCGUGGCUCGCAAAGUGGCAGCGUUGGAAAUGGCCUCCGGGAGUGUGGCCAUCUUGGGGUUCUGUCGGAGCGGUGACAACCCGUCCGACGCCCCGAGCCGCAGGCAGCAGGAAGAUGCCUAG